GCGAGAGAACUCGACGCAGUGUCACGUCAUGCACUUUUAUCCAGCCGGUAACACUGGACCGCUCGAUCCGGCCGAGUAGCGCGCGUACACAAGUGCACGUAGAGAGAGAGACAGAGUGAAGCAGGCGAGAGAAGGAGAAGGCAAAGUUACCCCGAGUCUACCCUCGAUGGCUUCUGCGUCGUGUUGACUCGGUCGCGUGACGUCGCGCCGUCUUUUAAUAGUACGCCGCCUCCUCUACGACCGGUUCGCCCGUGCACGACACAGAAGAGAGGAUAUACGCGCACGGCUCUCUCUCGUCCGGAGAGACGCGCCCUCGUUCGACCUUGGGCGGCUAUAACCGGUGCGUGACGCUCGAUGCGGAGAGUCAUCGUCGCUGCUGAUCGCUGAAGAGGCUCCUCUAUUUACCUCCCUCUCGGCGCCGUCGAACUCCUAGACGCGUAAUAACCGCGGCGAAAUGGCGAAGAAGACGUACGAUCUGCUCUUCAAGCUGCUCCUCAUCGGCGACUCCGGCGUCGGCAAGACCUGCAUACUCUUCCGCUUCUCGGACGAUGCCUUCUCCACGACGUUCAUUUCUACGAUAGGUAUUGAUUUUAAAAUCAAGACAGUGGAAUUAAGAGGAAAGAAAAUCAAAUUACAGAUAUGGGACACAGCUGGACAAGAAAGAUUUCACACUAUUACGACAUCAUAUUAUAGAGGUGCUAUGGGAAUUAUGCUGGUCUACGAUAUUACUAACGAAAAAACAUUUGAAAAUAUUGUGAAGUGGUUGAGAAAUAUUGAUGAACAUGCAAACGAAGAUGUGGAGAAAAUGAUAUUAGGAAAUAAGAGUGAUAUGGAAGAAAAACGUGUGGUCAGCACUGAAAAAGGAGAAGCGAUAGCAAGAGAACAUGGCAUUAGAUUUAUGGAGACGUCUGCGAAAGCAAAUAUUAAUAUCGAUCGAGCAUUUAGUGAGCUAGCAGAAGCAAUAUUGGACAAAACACACGGCAAGGAACCACAAGAUGCACCCGACAGAGUGACGGUUGAUCGAAGAGUAGAAAGAAGUUCGAAUCGGUGCUGCUAAUUUUAUAUAUUAUUUAUUUUAACGGUGCAUGAUGAACUAUAUAUCAGCUCGUGCCACACUUGGGAUAGAGUUCUUAAUAGAUUUAGAGCAUAAUUUAAAGCAUAAUAAUAUACUUAAACAUUUCAAGACACUGCCUGAUCAGAUGUAAUCCAAUCUCACUUUUGCUCUGGUAAAAACACAUUUUUCUAUGCUGCAAUCAAAACAGACAUUGGUAAAAAACAU